CACGGCCAUUUUGUGCGGCGCUCGUCCCACAGCGACUUCUUCCGUUCGGAGCGACCUUGACAGUGCGACGCUGCGGCAGAAAGCGAAGGCUGUCGUCGCGCGCGUCCAAAUCGCGCGUCCAAAGGUCAUUGACCCCUUCAGGGCGUCCGACGCUGCACCACACCCCUCAUCUUUAUGCUCCGCUCUUUUGGACAUGUCCUAUGCAAAUCUAAAUUUAUUACGGCUGUUGUUGAAAAAGUGGUGGGCGGCUGAUUUGUGAUGAUUUUUUGGCCUUGUCGACCUUGCUGCUGAAGAGGCAGGCAGGGUGGCGACAGAGUGGUUGCAGAGCAGCAGGCUCCAGCUAUAAAUAGGAAGACACUCGUCCCAACCAACUCAAGAAGUCACUUUUAGUGGGUUGUGAGUUCUGGACAAGUAGCGCAUCCCUGCUGCUAGAAGCUUCACCAUGCAGUCGACUAUGCUGGUUGCAAGCCUGGUUGCUCUGUCAGCCUUCUCGGCGUACGCCUACCCCAGCGUUCCCCUCGCCGUCUACCCCGCCCCCGUUCCAGUCCUGCCUGCUGUCAAGUCCCAAUUCCACGCACAGGAUGAGCUCGGCCAGUACACUUACGGCUACACAGACGGCCUCUCGGCCAAGACUGAAACCAAGACCUUCGAUGGAGUGACCCGCGGCGGUUACAGCUACCUGGACUCGAACGGCAUUGUACAGAACGUCAACUACGUGUCAGACCCCGCCAACGGUUUCCGUGUUGCCGCCUCCAACCUGCCCCUGGCCCCCGUGCCGCCCCCAGCAGCUCUGCCCGUCGCCCCCGAACCAGUCAAGGACACCCCCGAGGUCAUCGCCGCCAAGGAAGCCCAUCUAGCUGCUGCCAGGGAGGCCCAAAGCGUCGCCUCAACUGACUCGCCCGCCGAAGAAUCGGAGACCCCAGAGACCCCUGAGACUCCAGAAGCCCCUGAGGCCCCAGUGACCCCCGAGGCAGUUCCCGCUGCCCCUGAGGCACCUAAGAGCGAGGAGCCCAUCGUUGCCGCCCCCGCCCCAGCUGCCAUCAUUCCCGCUGCUGCCCCCGCUCCCAUCUUCGCCCCCGCCCCCAUCAUCCCUGCCCCAGCUCCAGCUCCAGUUGUCUACUCCGCUCCAGUCCCAGCUCCAGUAGUCUACUCGGCUCCAGCCCCCAUUGUCGCCGCCCCAGCACCCAUUGUGCAUGCUCCAGCUCCCAUUGUGCACGCUCCCAUUGUCUCCCAGUUCCACUCUCAGGAUGAGCUCGGCCAGUACAGCUAUGGCUACGCCGGUGGCCCAUCUGCCAAGUCUGAGAUCAAGACCUUCGAUGGUGUCACCCGUGGUGGAUACUCCUAUGUCGAUGCCAACGGUAUUGUUCAGAGUGCCAGCUACGUGUCAGACCCAGUGAACGGUUUCCGCGUGGCAGCCACUAACAUCCCUCAGCCAGCUGUGCCGGUCGCCAUUCCAGACAGCCCCGAAGUUGCCGCCGCCAAGGCCAAACACUUCCAGCUCUCAGCCGAGGCAGCCGCCGCCGCCGCAGCCGCCCCCGCCAACGAAUAAGUGACUGUGACGUCGUUGCUAACCUGACUGUCUGGCUCUGACGUCAUCAUACAUCACGUCACAAUGUGUCGUCUUCAUUGGUCAAUUCACCAAGAUAGCCUCAAAGCUACAUUGUCAUCAAGUGACCAAUAAGACGUCACAGUUACAUUGUCACAUGACCAAUGAUGACGUCACAGCCUUUCAGUCACCUGACUGUGCCAUCUAAAAUCUCAGGCAGUAGUCACCUACCAGGCUUUCUCCUAUCAAUUGACUCCACCCAUACUCCCUUGACUUCCCUCUAAUUGUAAAUUAUACCAAACCCUACCACGAACGAUAUUAGCGAUUUUGUUGUUAUUUAUAUUGUGUACAUGGUAAAUAAAUGAGUAAGUGCCAUGCAAAAUAA